AUGGUGCAUGCCCAUUUACAGUGUCGCGACACCCACCUAACUUUAGCCGAGAUCCUAAUCAGAGAUUGCCACGGCUCCGGAGCCGGCUCUUGGCUCCGGCUCUGGGCGGCUCCGGCUCCAAGCCGGGAGCCAGAGCCGGAAAUCUUGGGUGCGGCUCCGGCUCCCGAGCCCAAAGUGGGAGCCAGGCUUCCCAGCGGUCAGAACAGUAAAAAUUUCGUGAUCUUAUUAAACCAAAUUGCUUGAAAAACACUGCGGAGGAUGUGACUUGACUGCAAAAACGUUGGCUGUAUGAUCUCUGGCACUAAUAACUUUAAUUUUUGGAAAAAUAUUUUUAAAAGAACAUUUUGCAUAGGAGCCGGGAUUCGGAGCCGGAGGCCUUUUUAAAUUUUGCACGGAGCCAAGAGCCGGAGCCAGCUGCAAAUUUGGCCUCUGCUCCGGCUCUGGGAGUGCCGGAGCCGGAGCCGAAAUUUUGACCGUGGCAAUCUCUGAUCCUAUUGUAUGACCCAAUUUCAAUUUAUUUACACUAAUCAAUUGCAAAAAAAAGUCAUGGAGUGGACCAUAAUGGUUUCCAUUGUCCGGUCAGGGUAAGAUCGCUCCAUCUGAGGCCAUCAUUCUUGCCAGAAUCAUCGAUCCAUCUCAUACUGAAGCGCCCAAACGGUCGUGUAUAGGGGGAUGUCGAAUUCACGCUGAUCACUUUCGUUUCCAACGUUUCCUCCAAUUGCUCCAAUUUUCCCUCGUUUUGGAUUGA